CUCUCUCUCUCUCUCUCUCUCUCUCACUGUUCUCUUGUCUCGACUUCUAGGUUUCGAUUUCAUCGGAUCUUUUUAUUUGGGUUUUUUAUUUUCAUCUUGUUGCGGCCUGGGUGGUGGUUAUUAGGGCUGGGCAUUUUUAUUCGAGACCUGCGGGUUUUCGGAUAUCCUGUCUCACGGGUACUCGGAAUUCAUUACUCGCGAGAUAACGAGACAGAGAACGAGUUUCGUGAGACGAAAAACCCGAAUCUCGGGUUCGGGUUCGAGCAUUAUGACCCGAUAAAAAAUUAAAAUUACAAAAAUAACCUUAAUAUUUAAUAUAUUUACAAAAAUACCCCUAACCCUAAUUUACCGUAACUCUCUCAUCUCUCUCUCACGAAUCGAAGCCUGCCUUGCGUCCUUGCCUCCUGCCUCCUCUUCGAGUCUUCAGUCUUCAGAACAGAUCUCUCACUCUCGGUCUCUCUCCGUCUCUGCUGUCACCUCGCGGCUCUGUCUCCGCCGUUCGCCUCUGUCUCCGCCGUCGUUCGCCUCUGUCUCCGCCGUCGUUCGCCUCUGUCUCCGCCGCCAUUCGCCUCUGUCUCACUCGCUCUCGGACUCUCUCCGUCUUUCGCUUCUCCGUCGGUCUGCUCUUGCUCUGCUCUGUCGUUUCUCCGCCGUCGUUCAUCUGUCUCCGCCAUCGUUCGGCUCUGUCUCCGCCGUCGUUCGGCUGCCUCGCCUCUCGGUCUGUCUCCGUCUUUCGCUUCUCCGGCGUUCGGCUCUACUCGGUCUCCAGUUCCUCUCCGGCAUCUCAGCAUCAAGAAUGGCGGAAUCUAGUGAAACUCAAACGUCUCGGCAAGAAUCUCAACCUGCUGAGCAAGAGUCUCAACCCCAACAAGUGUGCAGUUUCUUUAGAAAGCCAUCAAAAGCUAAAAACAUAAGGAAACGAACAAUUGAUGCCGACGAAGAUGAAGAUUCAAAAAGUGGAAGCUCUUUGUUGAACAAUCUCAAGAAGGCCCAAAAGACAGACAGCAAGUUAUACUUCUCUUCUGGACCCUCCAAGAGCACUGCAACCACCGACGAAGCUCCUGAGAGGACGGUCUUUCACUACGAAUCAUCCAAGGAAAUUCAGGUUCAAAACGACAGUAAAGCAACGGCCACUCUAGAAACCGAAACUGAAUUUACCAGAGAUGCACGAGCUAUCCGUGAGAGAGUCCUUAAGAGAGCAGAGGAGGCUUUGAAGGGGAACAAAAAGAACCCGGAUGAAAAGUUGUACACGGGAAUACACGGGUAUACUGAUCACAAGGCCGGGUUUAGAAGAGAGCAAACAAUCUCGAGCGAGAAGGCUGGAGGAUCACAUGGGCCACUUAGAGCAUCUGCUCAUAUCAGGGUCUCGGCUAGGUUUGAUUACCAGCCAGACAUAUGCAAGGAUUACAAAGAGACAGGGUAUUGCGGGUAUGGAGACUCGUGCAAGUUCAUGCACGACCGUGGAGAUUACAAGCCGGGAUGGCAAAUAGAGAAAGAAUAUGAAGAAGCAGAGAAGGCGAGGAAGAGAAAUCUGGCUAUGGGGAUCGAGGAUGAUGAUGAAGAAGAUGAAGAUGAUGAUGACGACGAAGAUGAUGGUGAGUUGCCUUUCGCGUGUUUCAUUUGCAGACAGCCUUUUGUAGAUCCUGUCGUGACAAAGUGCAAGCAUUACUUCUGCGAGCAUUGCGCAUUGAAGCACCAUGCCAAGAACAAGAAAUGUUUCGUGUGUAACCAGCCGACACAGGGCAUUUUCAACACAGCUCAUGAGAUCAAGAAGAAGAUGGCCGAAGACCAGCGCAGUAAAGGCUUGUGAUCUCUCUAGGAGGAAUGUGCUUCGUCUUUUGUCUCUUGUCUUUUUGUAUUUGUAGUUCUCACACUUCAGUUUUGUGUCUACAUUAAUUAUGUAAGGUAGGAAGGGUUCUAACUUGUUAGAUUCGAGGUAUUACCGAUUCAGUAUGA